AUGUUCUUCCAAACUACCAUCGUCGCCGCCCUCGCUUCCCUUGCGGUCGCCACUCCUCUCGCACUUCGCACUGACAGUCGCUGCAACACCGAGUCCGUGAAGUGCUGCAACAAGUCUGAGGAUGCAGAGACCUUCAAGAAGAGCGCGUCGGCCGCCCUCAUCCCGAUUAAGAUCGGUGAUAUUACCGGCAAGGUGUACUCGGAGUGUUCUCCCAUUGUCGGCCUCAUUGGCGGGUCUAGCUGCUCCGCGCAAACCGUUUGCUGCGAUAACGCUAAAUUCAAUGGUCUCGUCAACAUUGGAUGCACGCCCAUCAACGUUGCCUUGUAA